GUGCGUGAGAGCGUGCGAGCCAGGCGCGGGCUGUUGUGCUCCCGGCUGUGCUCGGUCCCUGCUCGGCGGGUGGCGCAGGCCCCGAAGCGGUGCGGUGCGGUGCGGCGCGGGGCGCGUCCCUCCCUCCCUCCCUUCCCUGCUCGUCCUGCCCGGCUCCCUCUCGCGCUGCGCGGUCUCUCGGACGGCAGACCGGCCCCGGCCCGGAUAUGGCUCGUGGACAGCAGAAGAUUCAGUCUCAACAGAAAAAUGCCAAAAAGCAGGCUGGACAGAAGAAGAAGCAAGGACAUGACCAAAAGGCUGCUGCCAAAGCGGCCCUAAUAUACACCUGCACCGUGUGUAGGACGCAGAUGCCGGACCCGAAGACCUUCAAGCAGCACUUUGAGAGCAAGCACCCCAAGACGCCCCUCCCCCCAGAGCUGGCCGAUGUGCAAGCGUAGAGUGGUUUACAGGUGAACUCCUGACACCUUUGACUCUUCUACUGUCUCAGACCUUAGGUAACAAACCUGCAGCUGCUUUUUUUAAACAAACUGUUGAUCAGCAGAAAUAAAGGGGCUACAGAAACACUCAUUUUUAUGCUGUUCCCUUUGGGCUUCAUGCAAAGAGAAUUCUGUGUAAAUGUACAGUUGACUCUGAUUUGGAAAUCUGAAGAAUCAGUCCAUUCUUGUUAUAAAAUUUUUUUACAAUUGUAAUUAUAUCGAUGUUCAUAUUGUGUAAAAUAACUCAUUUAAUAAAGUAGCGCUUUGAUUUUACCACAUCACAAGAUAAAUGGUUCUAGAAACUCUGUUCUAACUUCUUAUAAUUUGCCUUAUUGUAGGAGUGAAUCUCUGAGCUAGCUUGGCAGGAGCAACCCUCCCCGUUUCUCAGCGCAGCGGCAGGCUUGUGGAGCUAGUGCAGACCCGUUCAGUAGACUGUGCCCGUGAUUAAUAAGCAGGCAGCUGAUGGCGGUUGCGGCUGUGCGCGGUCGCGUGUCGUUCCCACCUCUGGCCAUCCCUGUGCUUGAUGUUGAGAAAUGGACACGUGUUCAGUGGCCUGGCUCCACUCCAGCCGUGGUGCGCUGUAGGUGUGACAGGUGCAGGUCACAAAAUUGGUAGGAUUGCCAGUGGGCCCUUCUCAGGAUUGGGUCCCAGGGUAUGUGCCAGAAUGAAAUGGUGGUUAAAAGUCAUUUAGUUAAUUUUAUGAAUGGAUCUUGGCAUUUAACAGAAAGAUUGGAAUGAUUUGUGCCAGGUCAAUUCCCAGAACAUUCUUUGUCUCUCAAGUAAGACGUAAUUUUAGGAACUUAGUGCUGGCUCCUAGUGUCUAGUGCCUGACUUGCACGUGAACUAGCAGAUGUUACAGUGGGCCAGGCUCACGUUUGUUCAGUUGGGUAAGGCAGAGUCUACUGGUGAAGGAAGACUAGUCUGGUGUUCUAGUUUUCUUUUGUUGCUGGUUUGAAGUAAUCAGAAGAACCUGAAGACAAGUGCUGACCGCUGCAUGUGGGCCUGUGGCGACAGGUGACUCCCCCCUUGGUGGCAGCGUAGUACACUCUGACACCUGGCUGGUGCCACUGAGCUUGGAGGGUGGUAUCUAGGGAGAUCCUCAGAGCCCUGUCCCCAGCCUCACUGAGUACAGCCCUUCUGUUACUCUGUUCAAUUUCCUGCCUUUCAGGCUGUUCGCUAAAAUGUUGCUGACUGAAAUUAGAUUUCACCUGUUUCCUGUGGAGCUCCCGGAUAUGCUAAUAAAAUGGCAGGGCUAGGGCUGAUGGACAUCGCUUUUUAGCACAGACUGGCUGCUACUCAGAGUAUUUCAUUUGUCUCACUGUAAUUCAGAAUAAACCUUUCGAUCUUGUAUUUAACUGUUGUGUAAGCACUAAAGACACUGCAUUUCAAUUUGUAUCUCAGAUAUGGAAUAGGUGACGAACCUCCCUUCUUAGCGCGGGGGAUUGCCAGCAUGGUCCUCUUUUGUGUUUCAGUUAAACUUGCUGUAAAGAGAAGAUGACAACUCAGACCUUUUUGUCAUUUAACUCGGAGAUUCCUUAACAGACGAAUCUGUUUAAAAACUGUUCCGUUGUCUUCAAAGGUGACACGAAGUAGCGAGAGGGAAUUGAUGUGUUUGUAUUCUGUAUUUAUGUUAGUUGUCGAAAGGAAUGGGGUUCACAUUCAGCUUGCUUCCGUACUCACCCCAUGUUUAGGGGACACACUCAUGUGUGCUGUAAUGUCUUAUUAAAGAUGGUAAAGAAAACGAAA